UUGUUCAUUAAAAUCUAGUUUGACCAAGGUUGUAAGACAUGAAGUGAGACGUGGCAUCCGAUUUAAACAAAAACGCGCAAAGCCCAAUUAUCUCCCUGAACAGAAUUCAAGUGAUUUUUUUCGGUAGUAUCUAAAUAUUUUUCCAUACUUGAAGAGGUAUUACAUUCUGAUUAAAGAUAAGAUAGGCAUUUCGUAGGAAUAAAUACAGAUUAGGUGACAUUUGGAACAACAUCUGUGAAUGAAGUGCCAAGAUGAGCAGGCUGACGUUAGUAUUGUUUGGGCUCCUUACCUUGUGGCACAGGAGUGCUGCUGUUGAAAUUACUAGUCUUCCAGACAGAGCACUUAUCCUUCAAUUUGAGAAAACUGGCGCACUGUUAUCGAUAAGCCAUAAGGGUAAGACAGUCUUGGAGAGCAAAAUAGGUUACAACAGGGAUGUGAGAAACGAUUUUUAUGAAGAAGAGGGCAUUUUGAACAUAACCCAAGUUCCGCAUGGAUUUAAGGUGAAGUGGGAGACAGUCAAAUUGGAUACAGAGCUGAAGGAUUGCAUUACGUUCCAAGAUGGUGUUCAUUGGUUUGGAGGUCCUCAACGUAAAGAGCAACAUUGGCCGUUGGAAAAAAUGAAAAUCGACGGCUCUGAAGCGUAUGUUUUGAAGCAGCUGGAUAACUUCUCCGUUGCAGAGUACUACUGGUUAAGCUCCUUGGGAGUUUAUAUUCAUGUCAACGAACGAACUCCACUCUUUGUUGACCAGAACAACAAAGAACCAAAUAAGCUGUGCUUUAUCGCCAAAGCACAAUCACCUUAUAUAAACAGAAAGAGAGUUAUUCUGGAAUAUGACAUAAUCAUUGAAGAUAAUGCUCGUAAGGCUCAUAUGCAUGCUGUGGAAAAUGUUUUGGGAAAACCUAAAGGUCAUCCUAACCCAAUGAUGGUUAAAGAACCAAUCUGGACGACUUGGGCCAAAUACAAAGCAAAAAUUACCGAUCCGGUUGUGUUAGACUUUGCUAAAGCGAUCAGAAAGCAAAACUAUACUGCGGGACAACUUGAAAUUGACGACGCUUGGGAGAAAUGCUACGGAGCACAAGAAUUCGACACUUCAAAGGACAAAUUCGCAAACAUUGACAGCACCGUGAAGGAGUUAAAGAAAAUGGACUUUAGAGUUACCUUAUGGGUGCAUCCCUUCGUUGACAAUGAUUGCAAGCCUACAUCUGAAGAAGGCUUAAAGAAAGGGUUCUUUGUGAAGAACCCGGAAGGAAGUACCCGCGCAACAUGGUGGAAUGGGAAAGACUCUCACCAGAUCGACUUCACGAAACCUGAAGCAGCCGAGUGGUACGCCGCUAGGCUGAGGAAGUUACAGAAGAGUCCUGGUAUCGACGCCUUCAAAUUUGACGCCGGAGAAACAGAUUAUGCUCCACAGUAAACGCGGCUCUUGAGUUAUCUCCAGAGAAAAAAUCUAGUGGUGUGAGAUCUGGGCUCCGGGGAGGCCACGGAAUGCCCCGUCGUCGCGAUAUCAACCUUCCCCUAAACAUUUCGUUUACAACUGCUACUGCUGGCGGUUUGGGAUGUCGCGCCAUCUUAUUAAAACCAGAUCCUGCAAUGCCUGGUGUGUAUGACAACCUAGAUCAAGAGCUGGUUCCAAACGCACUAUCCAAGCAUUAUGUGGAAACAUGCGCGCAGUUCGGUGACCUCAUUGAAGUCAGAUCAGGGUGGAGGACCCAGAGCUUACCCGUCUUCAUCAGGAUGAUAGACAAGGAUUCCAACUGGGGCAUCAGCAACGGUCUCUACACUCUGAUCACUACUCUUCUACAGAUGAACAUAAACGGCUACUCUCUGGUGCUGCCUGAUAUGAUAGGCGGUAACGGCUACACAGAUUUGCCCGAUGCUGAGCUGAUUGUUCGAUGGACUCAAGCGAAUACUUUCAUGCCAGCGAUGCAGUUCAGCUACUUGCCGUGGGACAUCACUUCCAAAAAGUUUGAUGCUCCGAAAAUUGUGAAGAAGUUCGUAGAUCUACAUGCCGAAAAAUCAGAUAUUAUCUUGGAAGCGAUGCAAGAGGCUGUGACGAGUGGGAAACCAGUUAAUCCACCAAUCUGGUGGAUCGCUCCAGAAGAUCCUGUGGCAUUGGCUUGCGACGACGAAUUCCUUCUCGGCGAGAAGAUCUUAGUAGCGCCAGUGAUCAAAAAAGGGGCUACCUCCAGAAAGGUCUAUCUUCCAGAUGGCAAUUGGUCAGAUGGGAAUAGUGGUAAAAAAUACCAGGGACCGUUAACAAUCGAUUCCUAUUCAGCACCAAUUGAUGUUCUUCCUUGGUUUAUAAGGGAAGCGUAGAUUAUAUUUGACUAACUUUGAGCUAAUAAAACUAAUUUCUGUAAGAGUUUAAUAUAUUUUAAUGACCCUUGCUUACCUGAAUGCC